AUGUCCGAUCAGGAAGACCUCAACAAAAUGGUGGGCCACUGGAAUGCAUCAGAGAACUACCAGCUGAACCCGGCCAGUGUGAUAGUGUCGGUGGUGUUCUCGCUCAUCUUCCUACUCGGCACCGUCGGGAACAGCCUGGUGCUGGCAGUGCUCCUCCGGAACGGGCAGAUGGGGUACAACACCACCAACCUGUUCAUCCUCAACCUCAGCGUGGCCGACUUCUUCUUCAUCAUCUUCUGCGUGCCUUUCCAGGCCACAAUCUACUCCCUGGAGGGCUGGGUGUUCGGCUCCUUCAUGUGCAAGGUGGUCCACUUCUUCAUCAAUCUCACCAUGUACGCCAGCAGCUUCACGCUCGCCGCUGUCUCCGUUGACAGGUACCUGGCCAUUCGCUACCCUCUGCGCUCCAGAGAGCUGAGAACGCCAUGUAAUGCGGUGGUCGCCAUGGUGGUCAUCUGGGGCCUCUCCCUGAUCUUCGCAGGACCCUACUUGAGCUACUACGACCUCAUCGAUUUCGCCAACGGCAACGUGUGUGUGCCUGGUUGGGAGGAGUACAACCGCAAAGUGCUGGACACCUGCACCUUUGUGUUUGGGUACGUGAUCCCGGUGCUCAUCGUCAGCCUCUCCUACACCAGGACCAUCAAGUACCUGUGGACAGCAGUGGACCCCCUGGAUGGCAUGUCGGAGUCCAAGCGGGCCAAGCGCAAGGUCACCAAGAUGAUUAUCAUCGUCACCGUGCUCUUCUGUAUCUGCUGGCUUCCCUACCACGUGGUGAUCCUGUGCUACCUGUACGGAGACUUCCCCUUCAACCAGACCACCUACGCCUUCAGGCUGCUCUCCCACUGCAUGGCCUACACCAACUCCUGCCUCAACCCCAUCGUCUACGCCCUGGUGUCCAAGCACUUCCGCAAGGGAUUCAAGAAGGUGUUCAGCUGCAUCCUGAGCAAGAACGGCAGGAACAAGGUACACGUGGUGCACGUGGCCAACACCGUGCCCGGGUUCGAGGCCGGCUCGACGGAGGUGUCGCACAUGAACGAGGAGAACGCGCGUCACAACGGCUGUGAAAUGGGGACCCGUCCCCUUACGGCUCCGCAGGACGCCAUGGUGACCGUUUCGUCACCUUUCCAGAAGAGGUCGUGA